AUGUCUUUAGGAACAUGCGACAGUAGAGGUGUUGGUGGAGUUGGCGUCCUCGUCAACACGAGUAUGGCAAAGAACAUCGACUCUUUUGAACAACUUACGACCCGAAUCGGACGUCUGCGGAUGAGAAGAUGUGGCCCAAUACCAGCUUUGACUAUCUUCGUCGCUUACGUUCCAACAUCAAGCUACGAAGAAGAAGACGAAGUCGAAGCUUUCUAUAUGGACCUGGAGAAAGAGAGAAAUCCCAGGACUACCAUCAACUGGGAUCUCUUCGCUACGCUGGCCGGCUUUUGGGAAGAUUCUGCAAUGGACAACAUCGACGAGGAAUAUGACCGGCUUGUCGAACACCUUCACGACUGCGCGGAGAAGGCUGAGAGGAACCAAGAACUCACGUCCGAGCUCGCAAGGCUUUGCCGAGAGGCGAUAAAGGAAGACCUUAAAGAGAGAAGAGCAGAAGUGCUGGCUGAAGCUGCAGAGGCGGGGAAAAGCAUCCGCUAUGCCCGUCGAGACUUCGCCAGUCGCAAGACGAGGAUGACUGCUCUCCGGAACCCAAAGGGAACAGCCAUUGCAUCGAGAAGGGGGAUGGAGAAAAUCAUCUACGACUUCUAUUCUGAUCUCUUCGACAGCCAUGUCCACUUGCCUCCUCACCAUCUGAGGGAAGAUGGACAAGUCAUUCCAGAGGUUCUCCCGUCCGAAAUACGACAUGCUAUCAUAGCCUUCCGCCAGUACUCAUCAACACCCUGGCUCUUUACACGUUAUCUGUCGGAAUGCAAGGUUCCUAAACAGUGGAAGACCAGCAAGACUGUGUUGUUGUAUAAAAAGGGAGAUCCACAUGACAUCGGCAACUAUCGCCCAAUCUGCCUACUGUCCGUCAUCUAUAAGCUCUUUACAAGAGUGAUCCUUAAUAGGAUUGAAAAAGUCUUGGAUGAAGGACAGCCAUGCGAGCAAGCAGGGUUUCGAAAAGGAUUCAGCACGAUUGACCACAUUCACACUGUUUCGAAACUCAUCGAGGUAUCACGAGAGUACAAGAUGCCGCUCUGUCUCACCUUCAUCGACUUAAAGAAGGCUUUCGACUCGGUUGAGACGGAAGCGGUCGUGGAAGCCUUGGACAACCAAGGCGUCCCUACUCAGUAUAUUAAGGUACUUCGAGAGUUGUACAGUAACUUCACGACCGGAAUUUCGCCAUUCUACAAGAACAUCAUCAUUGACGUGAAGAGGGGGGUCCGACAGGGUGAUACAAUUUCACCCAAAAUAUUCACAGCCACCCUCGAGAACGCAAUGCGAAAGUUGGAAUGGGACGACAUGGGAGUGAAGGUUGAUGGUCGGCAGCUACACCAUUUGCGCUUUGCUGAUGACAUCGUACUGGUAACACCUAGCAUCAGCCAAGCGGAACGAAUGCUGACCGAAUUCGACGAAACAUGUGGAUGCAUCGGUCUUCUGCUGAAUCUACAAAAGACGAUGUUCAUGCGGAACGGAUGGGUCUCGGAUGCCUCAUUCACGCUCAACGGAACGAACAUAUCUGAAGGCACCAGCUACGUUUAUCUGGGUCGGGAACUGAACAUGAUGAACGACCUGACCCCCGAGCUGGGCAGGAGGAGACGAGCGGCUUGGGGAGCGUACAAGAGCAUCGAGGAUGUAGUGAAGAAGACCAGGAACACCCGGCUCCGUGCUCACCUCUUCAACACCACCGUACUUCCUGCUUUGACCUAUGCUUCAGAAACCUGGGCAUUUCGCAAGCAGGAAGAAAACGCGGUGAGCGUCAUUGAACGCGCAAUUGAGAGAGUGAUGCUAGGAGUAUCCCGUUCCACGCAAGUAGCCGUGAGCGACUGGGUUCCCCGCGAUAUUAAGCGCACUACAGGAAGACCGCCUACCCGAUGGUCAGAUUUCUUCACGAAGUCCUUCAAAGAAAAAUAUGAUGCUCUUCGUGUCCCACGCGAAAGGAGGAACCACUGGGCUACUCUGGCACGCGAUCGGGACAAAUGGAAGAAUUACUGGCGCCCGCUCGACCAGUUCGAAGAUCAACGGGAGUCAAGGUGA